AUGGAUAUGACUGUCACAGCCGGGGAGACCAACCUCACACCAAUCAAUGGAAGUGAUCAGGCCUUUCAUCAAUAUUAUACAGAGCUCCUCAUCCUGCAAUUACUGACAGGCAUCGUGGCCCUGGUUGGACUGGCAGGCAACGUGGUGGUGCUCUGGCUGCUGGGCUUCCGCAUGCGCAGGAACUCCUUCUCUGUCUACAUCCUCAACCUGGCGGGAGCCGACUUCCUCUUCCUCUGCUACCGAUUCAUACACAGUCUAGUUUUAGUUUUCGACUUUGAUUUUGUCAAUGAAGUAAUUAACAGAUUUCUCUCCCCUGUGUCAAUCUUUGCCUACAUCUCAGGCCUGAGCUUUCUCAGCGCCAUCAGCACGGAACGCUGCAUAUCUGUCUUGUGGCCCAUCUGGUACCGCUGCCGCCGCCCCAGACACUUGUCCGCCAUAAUAUGUGCCCUGCUCUGGGCCUUGUCCCUGCUGCUGAGCAUGCUGGAAGGGAACUACUGUGGCUUCUUUAGUUUGGAUGAGCCCAAUGUUGGAUUUCAUGUUUGGUGCCCAAUGUUGGAUUUCAUCUCUGCGGCGUGGCUGAUUUUGUUAUUUGUGCUUCUCUCUGGCUCUAGUUUGGCCCUGGUGACCAGACUGCUGUGUGGCUCCCAUCGGUUGCCGCCCACCAGGCUCUACUUGACCGUCAUGAUCACGGUGCUGGUCUUCCUCCUCUGUGGCCUGCCCUUCGGCAUCUACUGGUUCCUCAUAGUCUGGUUUCCAAAUGAAUUUAAUGCCCUCUUUCAUGUUUUCCUGAUGGUAGUACUUCUGUCCUGUAUCAACAGCUGUGCCAACCCCAUCGUUUACUUCUUCGUUGGCUCCUUCAGGCAGCGAUGGUGGAAGGGGAGACACACCCUGAGGCUGGUUCUCCAGAGGGCUCUGCAGGACACUCCUGAGGUGGAUGAACCUGGAGAAAGCCUUCCUGGGGAAACCCUGGCCAUGUCGGGAAGCAGUCUGGGGCAGGGAUGAGAGCCUCUGUCCUGAUAAGUCUGGAGUAACUUUGAGACUCACUGCUGCCCUGCCAGGCUUGGAAAAUAUCUAG